GUCUAAAAUAUACAUCCAUAGCAUAUGAUACAUUCAACAAAAAUCAACGACUCAAUGGAAAAAGAUACAAUUCACAGCACGAUAAAACCGUAAACAAACUUAUUAACAAACGUACAAAUUUCAUGCAUUGCAACUACUUUCUCAUUAUUGUUAUGAUUAUAGUUCAGUACAUUUGGAGAUCGGUAGAGGAUGAUCAGUUCUUAACAAGGAGGCGAAACGGAUGGUGGUGGAAGCUGAAAUGGCUGUGAGUGUGGCCGCAGGGGCUCUAUGGAGCCAGUAUCGGUGCCGGUGGAGCGGACCAAAUUGGUAGCGGCUGCUGCGGAUUUUGGGGGAUGUUGGGAAUCACUGGUGGUGGCAGAGAAAUACCCGGUAAGGUUGGGUUCGAAUCAACCGGCGGUGUAAAUAUGAUCGGUUGUUCUGGUGGUAGUAAUGGCCAUGGAAAUUGUGGAAAAUUCGGGGGUGAAGAAAAUAUGGGGACUAGAGGUGUCGGUGUAGACCAUUCAGGGGGAAAGUCUGGUUGUGGCGGUGGAAGAUAUAUGGGGCCAAUUAGUGGCGCUGGGUUAAAACCCACCGGUGGCAAGUCUGGUUCUGUUGGGGGAGAAAACAUAGGAACCAGUGGAGGUGCUGGUGUGAAAUCAGGUGGUGCAAGGAAAAAGUCCGGCGGUGGGGUAUUGGCUAUUGCAUCCGGGGGUGAUAGCCAUGGGAAAAAAGGUGGUGAAGUGACGUCAGGUGGAGGUGGUGAAGCGACUAGAGGUGGUAGUGGUGGAGGUGGAGAUGGAAGUGGGGGUGGUGGUGACGGUGGUGGAGGAGAGCUGUCCGGUGGAGGGGGUGAAGGAAGAGGUGGGGAAGGGGCAAGGGGUGGUGGAGAAGGAGGAGAUUGCACAACCGGAGGUGUAGAGAGUGGGGAUGGUCUUGGAGCAGGCUGAAAUGGGUUCUCUGGGGAGGGAGAAGUUUCGAAAGGCCAUUGGCCACAGGCUUCAAACAGGUAUUGGAACAAUGGAUCACAGUCAGCUGAUGUUCUCGAUCCUCUUCCCCUGCUUCUCCCCCUUCUACUUCUACUCCUCUGUUGCCUGUUCUCCUCCUCUACUCUGUGUUUGGUAUGUGUCUUGGCUUCUACUGCUCUUUCGGUGAUCAAAAGCAAAGCUAAAACAAUGGCGAUCACUGUAUUUGCUUUCAUUUCUAGUUCAUAUGUGCAGGAACUGAAGUAGAUGACUGUAUGUAGUGUCAAAUUUGGGGUCUUUAAUGGUAGAACGGUGUUGCAUUUUUGAGCUUGCAGCCUGCAAGCCCUCUUGCCU